AUGAAUAUGUGGGCGGUGUCCGGACUGCCCGUGUACACGGUCAGUGACACGCGGCCCAAGUCCAAGGGAGUCAAGGGGAAGACCAAGAAGAAGCUUCUAAGUCUGGAGGGGCCCCAGGGGCUGGCAGCACCGCCCCCUCUCCGGCCGCUCCCGUUAUCCGAUGCCUCCCGGCAAGAGACCAGCUCGAUUGACCAUCUUCUCGAUCAUCCUGCCUUCGAUGGGCCCCCGUCCCCCGAGAACAUCCGCGACCUGAGCAACAAACUGAGGCGGGCUUCCAUCAAUGAUAGACAGCACGAGAAGCAUCGCGGCCACCACGCCAGUUCGUCUGCUUCUUCAUCCCUCCGCUCUUUGACCUCUGCCGACAAGCCCCUGUGGGAAAUAGGUCAAGAGGGAACGCUUUCGAGAAAGUCAUCGGGGCGCUCGGGGCGCUCAGCAUCCAGUGCGAUGCCGAGCAAGGACCGGCCGGACAGCGUGCAAAUCUUUGGCAAGACCAUCUUCAACCGCCGCCCCAAGCUGAGGAGGGAAAGCAGCGCGCAAAGCUCAGCAGCCAGCUCCAUCUAUUCGACUGACGCAGCCACCGACGGUCCUUCCCAGACUCUCAACUCUGGCCGCGAGUCGACGAUUCCCGCCCUCUUUGGUAUCCGCCGCGGCUCCAGGCAGGAGCAGGGUGGGGAGGGUCGUGAGCGCAAGCUGACCAUCUCUGGGCCGUACAACUUCCAGCAUAUUGCCCAUACGGAUAGAGAACAGGUCCAAGCUCUGGAUGGUCCCUCUGCCAAUUAUACGCAGCUCAGGACAGCGCCAGCUCCAGUCUCCUGCCCCAGUCAGUCGAGCGACAUGCACUUUGCUGGCUUUUCGUCAGACAACCUUGCAGUGAAUGACGAUGCUACAGCUGCCGAGAUGCAAGUGAAGGCCAUUACUAGUCUUUCACGUGCCCCUUCUGUGCUGAAGAAGAACCCGCCUAGGCGUCUUCACCGUGCCAUGUCGCAGGAACAGUUUGGUGUCACCGUGCCACCUCCUCGGCCGCCAAGGUCCCCUGUUGAACCGUCUUGUCCCUCGAUGGCGCCCUCUGUUCCUCCACGUGGUUCGAGCCGUACCUCCCUGCGACAUGAGCGGUUUGACUCGAUCGAUUACAGCAGCAGGCCGCAGACCAGCACUGGUUUCCGCGGCACCCAACCUUUCCCAGCCUACGUCGAUACCACCAGCCCUCCAGCGACAUCGUAUGGCUAUGCGCCAGGCCCUGACAUGGACGUCAUCCCUGAGCAUGGCUACUCGCAUGUCACGAGCCCGCCAGCCGACGACACAAACUGGCCCCUCCCCUGCUCGUCCGAGUACACGCUGCCUGGUGUCCCAGAGGAGGACGAGGCUUCAUUUGGUGGCAAGAAGUCGACCGGAGACAGCGGCAAUGGCACGUCGUCCUUGCGCAGCAGCCAAUCUGUGCCAAUGCUUAGGGCCUUCUCAACUCUCCAGGACGACAGCUGCCGCAACAGCCAAGGCUCCGACACCUUGGGCAAAUUUGACCUGUUCUCAGCUCAACAGGCACUUCGGGCUGCGUUGAUGGAGAGCAAGUGCGACACAUUGCCCCGGGAGGAUUGGGAGGACGAUAUCGACUACUGUUAUGAGCAUGCUUGCGAGGCUGAUUGCGACUACGAAUGGAGUCGUCCCUCGUUUGAGAUGGAGCGGGAUGGCGAUAAUGCUACUCCCGUGGACGGCUCCCAAGGUCGGAAAGGGGCGGUGGAGGAGGGGUCCCCUCAUAUGCUGACUCCGGGACAGUUCGAUGUGCCCGCUCUGAGCCCAGCCAGCCAGAUCUCAUCCGCGGCGACUGCACAUGAAGCAAUUACCCCGGCCCCUCUGAGCAACGCGAAGGUGUCCAAUUUUUCGCUGCCGCGCACCGACGUCAGCAAGAAUCCUCACGUCCGCAAGUCCUCGGACGCAUCGAGCUUCAAGGAGUCUCACGGCUUUACUCUUUCGCCGUCUCUCUUGAUCCCAAUGGACUUUCAGCAUCACAUGAUGGCGUAUGAGGCCGAACGGCGCGAGGCCGCCGGCUUCCCUACCGACUUCCGUGGUCACUAUAAUGAUGAUGAGCUCUCGCAUCUCGCUAGCAGCAGUAUGGACCCUUCUGCGAUGAUGGCGCGGUACCGCACCAGCGCUUCUACGGUCGGCAGCAGCACUAACUCAGCCUUCUUUGAGGCCGAGGAUAUCAACAACAGCAGCUCUUCCUCUAAAGACAAGCACUAUUCCACCGCGUCGACUGUGUCGACCGACUACACUCGGCUCAGCGCCAGCAUCGCCUCGCUCGACAUUGAUGCUCACAAGCAGCAGCAGCAGCAGCAGCAGCAGCAGCAGCAGGCGGCCGAGCCGUUCCCUGCUUUCGACGCCAACAUGCCGAUGCCUUCGGUGCCCGAGACGACUGAAGCCGCGCCGCCGCCACCAUCAUUCAGUCGGGCGCUGCACCGCACUGGCUUCAGGCACCGUGGUAGCGAGUCCAACCUUCGCAGGCUGGCAGCUACCAUCACUUCCAAUAGCAGCUCGGAUGAACCAAUGCCCAAGGCAAAGGUAACAGUCCCGCCGCCCUCGUCGCUUCAGCAGGCCUUGCGUCGUGGCCGCGCGCGGACGACCAGCCUCAGCACUCCGCCGCCGCCGGGUCAGUACUCGCUGUUCCCAUCGGUAGUGAAGGAGACGGGCAUGGGCAAUGGCUUGUUGGGCAGGAUGAUUUGA